AUGUCGCUGAUGGAAGAGCAAAGUAGAAACCAUUUUGGGGUGUAUCGCAUUGUCGAGGACUUAUAUGAAAAAACAUGUGCUAGUGUACCUGUUACAGUAAAUGAAAAACAGUUUCAAGACACAUACCUUACGACUAUUGAAGAAGCCAUGCAAACCCUCCGAUUAAAUAAAUCAGACCCACGGCAGGCCUGGACUUCAUUCAAACUUGUGUAUCGCAUUGUCGAGGACUUAUAUGAAAAAACAUGUGCUAGUGUACCUGUUACAGUAAAUGAAAAACAGUUUCAAGACACAUACCUUACGACUAUUGAAGAAGCCAUGCAAACCCUCCGAUUAAAUAAAUCAGACCCACGGCAGGCCUGGACUUCAUUCAAACUUUUAUUGGGGCAGUUAAACCAGCGGGCAAACAGGCGAUCAUUUGUGUUUCUCCAAAUGGCUGAUAUUUCGCCUCGUCUUACUGCGUUAAAUAAAACACAUGUGCCACUUCCUGGGCAAGAACAUAAGAAUUUUUCCGAUGUUGUGAUGCUGGAAAGAAUUAGCAAGCAGACAGUAAUAUUGCCAACUAAAACGAGACCGAGAAAAGUUGUAUUUCAUGGAUCCGAUGGGAAAGAUUAUCCCUUCCUUUUCAAAGGACAGGAAGAUUUGCAUUUGGACGAACGCAUCAUGCAGUUAUUGCGUAUUUGUAAUUUGAUGCUGUCGACGAAGGAAACUGAUUGGCCAUCCUAUAUAGCCGAGAAUUAUUCGGUUAUCCCUCUUGGCUCUCGUUCAGGCCUCAUCGAAUGGGUUGAGGGAGCGACACCUAUCUUCCAAGUUUAUCGGAAGUGGCAACUUCGUCAGGUAACUGAAAAUAUCGCAAACCAGAAAACGAAUGAGGUCGAAAGACCGAGUGCAUUAUUUUUUAAGAAACUCAAGGCAGCUUUUCAAGCUAACAAAAUCCCAAAAGAAUCCAUCACUGAUCGCCAAAAAUGGCCUUAUCAUAUAUUAAAAGGUGUUGUUGAAGAUUUAAUCGAAGAAACUCCACGAGAUCUUCUUUCACGGGAGUUGUGGCUUCGAGCUGGUAGUUCAGAUACAUGGUUCCGAGUUACCGAAAGAUUUGCUCGUUCAACAGCAGUAAUGUCAGUACUGGGUAGCAUCCUAGGUCUGGGUGACCGCCAUCUAGAUAACGUUCUGGUUAAUUUUGAAUUUGGACAUGUGGUGCAUAUCGAUUAUAAUGUCUGCUUUGACAAAGGACGGAAUUUGCGCGUGCCAGAAAUGGUACCAUUCCGUUUGACUGGAAAUAUUAUUCGAGCCCUUGGUCCCACCGAUGUUGAAGGAACCUUUCGGCUUUCCUGUGAAAAUGUGUUAGGAAAACUCCGUGCUGGGAGGGAAAUAUUAUUGACGAUGCUGGAUGCAUUUGUUUAUGAUCCAUUAGUUGAUUGGGCCGCUGCACAAGAUGACCUUGGCUCCAAGUCAAUGAUUGGCAUUGCGACAAUUAUUGCCGUAUAUGGAGUAGUAGACAGUCAUUCUGAUGUUUUGCAUGCGAUGGCUUUAUCAUUGUUUGCUCUUCGUAUCAGAGAACUCUGUGCUGCAUGGCUUGAUAACAGAGAUCAUCUUAAAUAUAUGCUAGCGUCCAUUGUUAGCAUACUGGAAAAAUUGUACAAAAAUACUCAGAAGGAUGUGAAAAGUCGACUUCAGAAUUGGGAAGAAGAGGUAAAUAAACUGGAAAUGGAGAAACUGUCAGCUGAACGUGAUUUGAAAAAUGCGGUUACAGAACAUCAUUCUAUGAUGCACGAUAUACGCCCUCUGCUUCGUUUUUUCGCUCAUAAAAAUGAAUCGUUUGCUGUUUACUUGCAACGAUAUAAAGAAUUAUUCAGUGACCCGCUGAUUAAAGGACUUAAAUUAUUGGAUGAUCCACAGAGUAAGUUAUUGGAUAAUCCACGCAGUGGUUCUGUCGUAUGCAUCGAUCUUUUCCGGUCUGUUAUUGACAACAUCCCGAGCAUUUAUGACAAUUUGUUAUUGUUGGAAAAAAUGAAAGAAAAAGUGGAUUUGCAUUUCCGCAGCGGCAAGUCUUCACCGGUGGAACGUCGUGAGGGGCAGCAACAACAGAAUUUACACGGUAAGCAUGUUUCGAAGAGAGUACGGAUGAAGUUAGAAGGAAUGGUUGUAACUGGCACCAAUAAAAAUGAAAAUGCGAAAACUGAUGCAAACAUUGUAAGCGAACGGUUGACACCAUCCGAGCAGAUUGACUUGUUGAUUCAACAGGCGACAGAUAUAAGUAAUUUAGCACUGAUGUAUGAAGGGUGGACAGCGUGGGUGUAA